AGGGAAGGAUGUCUGGGGGGUGGUGAAGCAAAUGCAUCUUUGCCACGGAGCUGCAUCGAGCAUCGAGCAUCGAGUUGUAUGUAUGGGCUUCCUGUAUGGGCUUCCUGUCGAGCAGCGAUUUCUAAAUUCUGCCCCCAUUCUCCAACUGGAUACCUAUGAUAUAAUAUAGUAUGAUUGGCGGAAUUGGGAAAAGCAGAGAAGAGCACCCGGACAUACAUAGUUGCUGGGGAAACCUUCUGCUGAUUCUGAUGCUGAUGCUGAUGCUGAUGCGGCUUCCAUACUACCUGUGUAUGUGUGUAUGUAGGUAUGUAGGUAUGUAUGCACUGGGGAAUCUCUGGUGGGUGGCGAACCCUUUUCGCUUGAGGAAUGCGGGGGGGCUAGCUGCAGACGAUGUGCCUAUAGUAAGCUAUUGGCGACAGAGUAGAUAUGUGUGGGGGAGGUGUCUACUUCCAUGCUUACUUAGGCGUUGGUCUCGAGUGGUGACCGGAGCACCAGCCGUGGCUCUGUGGACGAUCGGACCCAUCCGGUAUGGUGGUGGUGGUGGUGGUGGUGGUGGUGGUGGAGCUGAUGGCAGGCUUCGUCGUUCGAGGUGGGGGAUGGCGCAUGCAAGCAGGUGGACCUAUAUACAUCAAUUGUGGAUUUGUUUGUUGGCUUCUCACCUGAACGGACGUCGGCGGAAAAACUCUCCAUCCAUCUGACCCGUUCUUGGGACUGGUCACUGGGAUGGAUAUGUAUGUACAUACUGUACAUAUGUAGUGGCCGUCAUGUGGCCACCCGCCGCCGCCGCCGGGGACGACGACCGUGAUUGCAGCCUGCGAAGUUGGAACACCCAGCUCGAAGUGAAAUGCCCCCAGACCCAGCUCGACGUUGACGUAUCCGACUGGUAGC